AUGGAGCAACCACCACCAUGCUAUGAACAUCAAAUAACCACAUCUCUUCACAGCUCCACCACCGUGGAAAAAUGCAUGAAACAAAGUAGCGGAACUCGGCAUCCGGUCUACCAUGGUGUUCGUAAAAGACGGUGGGGAAAAUGGGUGUCCGAAAUUCGAGAACCGCGUAAAAAAACUCGAAUAUGGCUAGGUUCCUUCCCAGCUCCAGAAAUGGCAGCUAGGGCAUAUGAUGUGGCUGCUUAUUGUCUUAAAGGACACAAGGCUCAGCUCAACUUUCCCGAUGAAAUCGAGCACUUGCCCCGACCCUUGACUAGCACGGCCAAGGAUAUUCAGGCCGCUGCGGCAUUGGCGGCCAAUAUGGUGGCCGAAAAAGGUGAAGUUUUGCGUGACGGCAGUGGAGAUGAUUUCUGGGCGGAGAUAGAGCUGCCAGAGCUGAUAGAACAUAAUGGGACAGAUACUUAUGGUGGCUAUUUAUCAGAGGUAUGGCGUUGGAAUUCUUCUUCGGAGGUUUUCCCCGGCGGCGCCACCUCCAUUGACGAUGAAGAAAUUUUGUAA